AUGGGGGCCCCAGCCCCGUGCGCCUCGGCGCCCGCGCUCUGCCUGCUCCUGCCUUGCUUCUGGCUGCCUCGGGGUGAGUCGGCAGGGGCAUCCCUGCAGGUGCAGCGCCUCGUUGCAGCACCCACGCUGCAGGGUGUUGCAGAGCUGCAGCCAGAGCCAGCCCAGGAACCCAGUCUCAGCCACCAGAAGGCAACCCUUCCCAGAGGGGAUGCUUCAACAGCGAUGGGAGGCCAGGAAGGAAUGGAAGCCGUGGACUCCUUGGCCAUGUCUUCCUGGGAGAGGCGGCUCCAUCGGGCCAAGUGUGCACCUGCUUACUUGUUCUCCUGCUUCAACGGGGGCGAGUGUGUGCAUCCGGCCUUCUGUGACUGCAGACGCUUCAAUGCCACUGGACCUCGCUGCCAGAUGGUGUACAAUGCCGGCCCUGAGCGGGACAGCAUCUGCCGGGCAUGGGGGCAGCACCACGUGGAGACGUUCGAUGGCCUGUACUACUACCUCUCUGGGAAGGGCAGCUACACACUGGUGGGGCGCCAUGAACCCGAGGGGCAGAGCUUCUCAGUCCAGGUGCACAAUGACCCUCAGUGUGGCUCCUCCCCCUACACCUGCUCAAGGUCUGUCAGCCUCUUCUUUGCGGGUGAGCAAGAGAUCCGUCUGGCCAAGGAGGUCACCCACAGAGGCAUGAGGGUCCAGCUGCCACAUGUGAUGGGGAGCAUGCGUCUGGAGCGGCUUGCCAGCUACGUCAUCGUUCGGCAUCAGGAGGCUUUCACCCUGGCCUGGGAUGGCACCUCAGCUGUCUACAUCAAGAUGAGCCCGGAGUUCCCGGGCUGGACCCAUGGGCUGUGUGGGAACAACAAUGCUGACCCCCAGGAUGACCUGGUGACCAGCUAUGGGAAGCUGACAGAUGAUGUGGCAGAGUUUGUGCACAGCUGGCAGGAGCAGGCCCCCAACCAGCCUCCAGGGCCCACAACCUCCUCCCUUCCCCGCCCACCAUGCCUGCAGCAGAGCCCAGGAGUCAUGCAGGGUGUGUAUGAGCGGUGUGAGGUGCUGCUGCGGCCCCCUUUUGAUGCCUGCCAUGCCUAUGUCAGCCCUCUUCCCUUUACGGCCAGCUGUACCAGCGAUCUCUGCCAAUCGGUCGGUGAUGAAGCCACCUGGUGCAGGGCACUGGCUGAGUAUGCUAGGGCAUGUGCCCAGGCAGGGCGCCCCCUGCUGGGCUGGAGGACCCAACUCUCACAAUGCGCUGUGCACUGCAAGGAGGAAGCCUUCACCUACAACGAGUGCAUCGCCUGCUGCCCCGCCUCCUGCCAACCUCGGGCAUCCUGUGUGGACAGCGAGAUCGCCUGUGUGGAUGGCUGCUACUGCCCCGAUGGGCUGAUCUUCGAGGAUGGGGUCUGUGUGGCACCAGCAGAGUGUCCCUGUGAGUUCCAUGGGACUCUGUACCCAACUGGCUCUGUGGUUAAGGAAGACUGCAAUGCCUGCACGUGCACUGCAGGCAAAUGGGUGUGCAGCACAGCUGUCUGCCCAGCUGAGUGCUCCGUGACCGGCGACAUCCAUUUCACGACCUUUGAUGGCCGCCGGUACACAUUCCCUGCCACGUGUCAAUACAUCCUGGCCAAGAGCCGUUCCUCCGGCACCUUCACGGUGACACUGCAGAAUGCCCCGUGUGGCCUGAACCAGGACGGGGCCUGUGUCCAGUCAGUGUCAGUGAUUCUGCACCAGGACCCUCGGAGGCAGGUGACCUUGACCCAGGCGGGGGAUGUCCUUCUGUUUGACCAGUACAAGGUCACCCCACCCUACAUGGACGAUGCCUUUGAGAUCCGGAGGCUGUCCUCCGUGUUCCUGCGGGUGACGACCAACGUGGGCGUGCAGGUGCUCUACGACCGCGAAGGACUGCGGCUCUACCUACAGGUCGAUCAGCGAUGGGCGGAGGACACCGUGGGCCUCUGCGGCACCUUCAACGGCAACACGCAGGAUGACUUCCUGUCCCCGGUGGGUGUGCCUGAGAGCACCCCACAACUCUUUGGCAAUUCUUGGAAAACACUGUCUGCCUGCUCCCCACUGGCCCCUGGCUCUCCACUGGACCCAUGCGAUGUGCACCUGCAAGCCGCCUCCUAUGCAGUGCAGUCCUGCAGUGUGCUCACCGGGGAGCUGUUUGCACCCUGCUCCACGUACCUGAGCCCCGUGCCCUACUUCGAGCAGUGCCGCCAGGACGCCUGCCGCUGCGGGCAGCCCUGCCUGUGCGCUGCCCUAGCCCACUAUGCUCGUCUGUGCCAGCACCACGGGCUCCCUGUCGACUUCCGCACCCACCUGCCAACCUGUGCACUGUCCUGUGAGGCUACCAAGGAGUACAGCCCCUGUGUGGCCGUAUGUGGACAAACCUGCCAGGACCUGGUUGGCCCUGAGGCCUGUGGUGUUGAUGGUGGUGGCCACCUCAGCGGGGACGAGUGUGUGGAGGGCUGUGCCUGCCCACCAGACACCUAUCUGGACACCCAGGCUGACCUCUGUGUCCCCAGGAACCAGUGCUCCUGCCAUUUUCAAGGAGUGGACUAUCCCCCCGGAGACAGUGACAUCCCAUCCCUGGGCCAUUGCCACUGCAAAGAUGGAGUAAUGAGCUGUGAUAGCAGAGCCCCAGCUGCUGUCUGCCCAGCAGGCCAGGUUUUCGUGAACUGCAGUGAGCUGCACACAGACCCAGAGCUCAGCAGGGAGAGGACGUGUGAGCAGCAGCUGCUGAACUUGAGUGUGCCGGCCCGUGGCCCCUGCCUCUCGGGCUGCGCCUGCCCCCAGGGGUAUCUCAGACAUGGGGAUGCCUGUUUCCUGCCUGAGGAGUGCCCGUGCACGUGGAAGGGGAAGGAAUAUUUCCCUGGGGACCUGGUCAUGUCUCCCUGCCACACCUGCGAGUGCCAGCAGGGCUCAUUCCAGUGCACUCUCCACCCCUGCGCCUCCACCUGCACUGUCUAUGGUGACCGUCAUUACCGCACAUUUGAUGGGCUCCCCUUUGACUUUGUGGGGGCGUGCAAAGUGCACCUGAUCAAGAGCACGUCAGAUUUCAGCUUCUCUGUGAUUGUAGAAAAUGUGAACUGCUACGGCUCUGGCAUCAUCUGCAGGAAAUUUAUUUCCAUCAACGUUGGGAACUCACUCAUCAUCUUUGACGAUGACUCGGGAAAUCCUAGUCCCGAGAGCUUCCUGGAUGAGAAGCAGGAGGUCUACACAUGGCGAGUGGGAUUUUUCACACUGGUACAUUUCCCACGGGAGCACAUUACCCUUUUAUGGGACCAGAGAACCACCGUACACAUCCGGGCUGGGCCUCAGUGGCAGGGACAUUUGACAGGACUCUGUGGAAACUUUGACUUAAAAACCAUCAAUGAGAUGAGGACCCCAGAGAACUUAGAGUUAACUAACCCCCAGGAGUUUGGCAGCAGUUGGGCUGCAGUUGAGUGUCCAGACACCCUGGACCCCCGGGACACAUGUGUACUGAAUCCUCUCCGAGAACCAUUUGCCAAGAAGGAAUGCAGCAUCCUGCUCAGCGAGGUGUUUGAGACCUGCCAUCCUGUGGUUGAUGUCACCUGGUUUUACUCAAACUGCCUGAUGGACACAUGUGGGUGCAGCCGGGGUGGUGACUGCGAGUGCUUCUGUGCCAGCGUGUCAGCCUACGCUCACCAGUGCUGCCAGCACGGGGUGACCAUUGACUGGCGGACCCCACGCCUUUGCCCAUAUGACUGUGACUUCUUUAACAAAGCGCUAGGCAAGGGCCCCUACCAGCUAGCCAGCUUGGCGGCCAGUGGUUCCUUGGUGGCCAGGAAGGCGGCAGGCAGUGCUGUGGUCCUAAUGAGGACAGAAGAUGUGGCACCGGGGGACAUGGUGAAUUUCCUGCUGACGGCUGCACUUUACAAGGCCAAGGCCCAUGACCCCGAUGUAGUGUCCCUGGAGGCAGCUGACAGACCCAACUUCUUCCUCCAUGUUACAGCCAAUGGGUCUGUGGAGCUGGCUAAGUGGCAGCUCAGUGAUACCUUUUACCACCAUGCCACCUUCUCACUACACCGGGGUACAUGGCAGGCGGGCCUGGUGGCCCUGGAGUCCCUGGCAGAUCCCGGCUCUUUCCUUUAUGUGUCGGGCCCCACACUGGUCCUGCGGCUGUACGAGCACACGGAGGCGUUCCGACGGAGCACACUCUUCCGCCUUCUGGAUGCCAAGCCUUCGGGGGCUGCCUACCCCGUCUGUGAGUGGCACUACGAUGCUUGUGCCAGCCCCUGCUUUCAAACCUGCCGGGACCCGCAGGCAGCCAGCUGCCAGGACGUGCCCAGGGUGGAAGGCUGUGUCCCUGCAUGUCCUGCCCCCAAGGUCCUGGAUGAAGUCACACAGAGAUGCGUCUACUUGGAGGACUGUGUGGAGCCAGUGGUUUUGGUUCCCAAAGAGGCCCUUGACAAUGAUACCCAGCCUCCCAGUCAAGAGCUGCCCACCCCCAGUGUCCAGGAGCUGCAGCUUCCAAAGGAAACUCCUGGGGCCCCCACCCAUAGACCAGCCGUCCCCACAGCUGCCCUACUCACCACAGCCCUGAGCCCACCCACGGCAGCCACCAAGGGGCCAAUGCUGUCUCCAGGCUCCACCCUGUCCACCCUGCAGCAGCCACUGGGGCUAACUGCAUCUAACGUCCCCACCCAGCCCACUGAGGCCCCAGUCAGCAAGGAGGUGACCGCUGGCCACCUGGCCAGCCCCCACACUCCAGAAUCCUCAUCCCUCCACGUUGCACCACAGACACCUAUACCUGUUAUGGGGUCUGGUGCCAUGGAGACAACAAGGGUGACUGUGACCUUUGUAGGGAGCCCCAACAUCACAGUCUCUUCUAAGUCACCCCCUGCACCUCGCUUCCCACUGUUGACCAAAGCUGUGACAGUCCCAAGCCAUGGCUCUUUGCCUACUAGGACAGCCCUACAGCCCUUCCCAGGCCUGGAGUUGCCAGCAAGUCCCUCCUCCAGGCCUGAGGCUUCCCCUAUAGUGACCUCCAGGCCCUCCACCUCCUCAGGAUCCCACAAAGCUUUGCUGACACCUGCAAUAACUAAAGUCACAAACAGGACAGUGAUCCCCCAGUCCACCCUGGCCCAGAGUAUUUCAACUUCCAGCAGCCCCCCACCGAUGGCUAGAACACCAGCAAAGGAGGUUCCUAUCAGUCAUUUCACGACCAAGAGUGUGGAGGUGGUGCCAGCUACAGAGAAGGUUGAACCUGGGCACGGCCAGCCCGUGAGCCUGCCACAGCCAAGCCCAAUCCCCACUGCCCUGCCCCGCCCAGCCCAGCAUGCCACCACAGCCACAAGGCCUCCAGCUCUGCCCCUCAGGACCCCCGCUGCUGCCAGUCUGACCACAGGUGCUCAUGGGCUGGGUGCCACAUCCUUCAUGUCUCUGGACUCAACUCAGCCAUCCCAGCUCCUCUCUGGCCUGCCUCCUGACACCAGCCUGCCCCUGGCCAAGGUGGGCACAUCUGCUCCAGUGGUCAGGCCCAGCCCCAAAGGCUCUGUCACCACCUCUCCGCUCCAGCAGCAGGCCACAUCUCUGGCAGUGGCCACGACACCACCUGCUUGGACAUUCAGCCCAGCUCUGCCUCUCAGCCCUGCUGUGGUGGCCCAGGUGCACCCACCGAGUCACACAGCCCCCCAGACAGCAGGCACGGCUCCAGGCCUGCUUCUGGGAGCCACGCUGCCCACCUCUGGAGUCGUAGCCAUGGCUGAGGGGGCAGCCUCCACAGUAUCUGUUGCCCCAGGAAAGAGCACCACAGAGAAGAUGGCCAUCCUGUCCAAGCAAGUAUCUUUGUCCACCUCGACAUAUGGCUCUACCCUGGGUGGGCCCACAGAGCUCAUGCCUGCUGUGACCCACACUCUUGCUGCCUUGGCAACUGAGCCUGAGGGUCCCCGGGCCGGCACGGUGUCACCUGUGUCCACAUCCUAUCCCCCAAGCCAUGUCUCAGCCAGGACUGCCUCCAGGGAGAGCUCGCUGGUUCUGCUCCCUCAGCUGGCGGAGGCCCACGGAACCUCGGCAGGACCUCAGCCCCCAGCGGAGCCAGUGGGCGAGGCCACCACUGAGCAGUCUGGGCACUCAGCCCCAGCCCAGGGCAUCCCCGAGGGCCCAGCCGAGGCUUUGGCAACUGACUUUAAGGCUAACACAUCUGACAUCUGUGUCCCAAUCGCCGAGCAGGACUGCGUCCGCCACAUCUGCUUGGAGGGCCAGCUGAUCCGAGUGAACCAGUCCCAGCACUGUCCCCGGGGCGCCACACGCCCUCAUUGUGGGGUCCUGGGCCUUGCCGUGCGGGUGGGCGGGGACCGCUGCUGCCCUCUCUGGGAGUGUGCAUGCCGAUGCUCAAUCUUCCCUGAUCUGAGCUUCAUUACCUUUGAUGGGAGCCACGUGGCCCUGUUCAAGGAGGCCAUCUACAUCCUCAGCCAGAGCCCAGAGGAGAUGAUCACUGUCCACGUCCUCGACUGCAAAAGUGCCAACCUGGGGCAUCUGAACUGGCCCCCAUUCUGUCUGGUGAUGCUGAGUGUGACUCAUCUGGCGCAUCAGGUCACCAUCGACCGCUUCAGCCGAAAGGUGACUGUGGACUUGCAGCCUGUGUGGCCCGCCGUGAGCAGAUAUGGGUUCAGAAUUGAAGACACAGGCCACAUGUACUUGAUCCAGACGCCCUCACACAUCCAGAUCCAGUGGCUCCACAGCUCAGGACUCAUGAUCUUGGAGACCAGCAAAGCCCACAAGGUCCAGGGCCGUGGCCUGUGCGGUAUCUGUGAUGGGGAUGCAGCUAAUGACCUCACCCUGGAGGAUGGCUCUGUGGUGGGUAGGACCGAGGACCCUGCUCCCUUUCUGGAUAGCUGGCAGGUGCCCAGCUCCCUGACCUCGGUGGGCCAGACCCGCUUCCGCCCGGACAGCUGCGCCAUGGCUGACUGCUCGCCCUGCCUGCGCAUGGUGUCCAACCGCACCUUCAGUGCAUGCCACCGCUUUGUCCCCCCAGAGUCCUUCUGUGAGCUGUGGAUCCGGGACACCAAGUACGUGCAGCAGCCCUGUGUGGCACUGACUGUAUACGUGGCUAUGUGCCACAAGUUCCAUGUAUGCAUAGAGUGGCGGCGCUCCGACUACUGCCCCUUCCUGUGCUCCAGUGAUUCGACAUACCAGGCAUGCGUGGUGGCCUGUGAGCCCCCAGAGACCUGUCAGGAUGGUAUGCUGGGCCCGCUGGACCCAGAGCAGUGCCAGGUGCUGGGCGAGGGCUGCGUCUGCUCUGAGGGCACCAUCUUGCACCGGCGCCACUCUGCACUCUGCGUCCCCGAGGAGAAGUGUGCCUGCACUGACAGUGCGGGGGUGCCACGAGCCUUGGGGGAGACCUGGAACAGCUCGCUCAGUGGCUGCUGCCGGCACCAGUGCCAAGCUCCAGACACCAUCGUCCCUGUGGACCUGGACUGCCCCGAGCCCCGCCCUGAGAGCUGCCCACGCUUCGGGGAGGUGGCCUUGCUCCAGCCCACUGAGGAUCCCUGUUGCCUGGGGGCUGUUUGUGUGUGUAACCAGUCUCUGUGUGAGGGUCUCGCCCCAACCUGCCGCCCAGGACACCGGCUCCUCGCCCACUUCCAGGAGGACUCCUGCUGCCCCAGCUACAGCUGCGAAUGUGACCCAGACCUGUGUGAGGUGGAGCUGAUCCCCAGUUGCCGCCAGGACCAGAUCCUGAUUGCAGGCCGCCUGGGGGACUCAUGCUGCACCUCCUACUUCUGUGCCUGCGGCGAUUGUCCAGAUCCAAUCCCCGAGUGUCAGGAAGGGGAGGCGCUCACCGUGGACAGGAAUACCACAGAGCUAUGCUGCCCUCUGUACCAGUGUGUGUGUGAGAACUUCCGCUGCCCCCAAGUGCAGUGUGGCCUGGGUACGACCCUGGUGGAGGUGUGGAGCCCAGAUCGGUGCUGCCCCUACAAGUCUUGUGAGUGUGACUGCGACACAAUCCCGGUGCCCCAGUGCCAUCUGUGGGAGAAGUCCCAGCUGGACGAGGAGUUCAUGCACAGUGUGGAGAACGUGUGUGGCUGCGCCAAGUACGAGUGUGUGAAGGCCCCUGUGUGUCUGAGCCGUGAGCUGGGGGUGAUGCAGCCGGGCCAGACAGUGGUGGAGCUCUCAGCAGACGGUGUGUGCCACACCUCCCGCUGCACUGAUGUGCUCGACCCCCUCACCAGCUUCUACCAGAUCAACACCACCUCCGUGCUGUGUGACGUCCACUGUGAGGCGAACCAGGAGUACCAACAUCCACGGGACCUGGCAGCCUGCUGCGGCUCUUGCAGGAAUGUGUCCUGCCUCUUCACCUUCCCCAAUGGCACCACCUCUCUGUUCUUGCCUGGGGCGUCCUGGAUCGCAGACUGUGCCCGCCACCACUGCAGCAACACUCCUCUGGGCGCCGUGCUCGUACGCUCACCCAUCAGCUGCCCGCCACUCAAUGAGACCGAGUGCGCCAAGGUCGGGGGCUCAGUGGUGCCUUCCCUGGAAGGGUGCUGUCGGACAUGUAAGGAGGAUGGGCGCUCCUGCAAGAAGGUGGCCAUCCGCAUAACCAUCCGCAAGAAUGACUGCAGGAGCAACACCCCUGUGAACCUAGUGUCCUGUGAUGGGAGGUGCCCGUCUGCCAGUAUCUACAACUACAACAUCAACACCUAUGCCCGCUUCUGCAAGUGCUGCCGGGAGGUGGGCCUGCAGCGGCGCUCCGUGCAGCUCUUCUGCGCCACCAACGCCACCUGGGUACCCUACACGGUGCAGGAACCUACCGACUGUGCCUGCCAGUGGUCUUGA